AUGUGCUUCGUUGCGCUUCGCGUCACAGCAUUUGCCGUGCUCCUGCAUCUGUCGCAGGUGACCCCCGGUCUGUGCUGCACUUACACCCUGCUCAACGUUGAAGGGGCCUACAUAAGGGAAGUUGUCGCAUACGAAUACAGCUCUGACCUUGAAGGUUGUUUCAAGAAAUGCUACGAAACCUCAGACUGUUAUUUAUUCGUUUUCGACCGAAUGAGAACGCUUUGCAAUUUUCUUGUUCCUGGAGAAGGCGACUUCCCGCUAGACAUCCACGAUCAGCCAGAGAGUCUACGAGUUCGAUCGAAACGUGCUCACCGAGAGUUGCCCCACGGUGAAGCAGUGGUUGCCGCAACACAUAAACCUCACCGUUUGAAUCGUGCAACAUCAGUGCAAUGCAAUUGC